AUGGCAAGUAAAAUCAUGUUGCCAAUGCUGCUUUUGGGGAUGAUAAGUACGGUAACUCCUCAGACAUCAGGACCCCUGUACCCAAUUGCUGGAACAACAAGCUCUCAGUCAGACGAUGGAAGUUCUCCUCUAAUUCCCCUGCAACGAUCGUUUGUUUAUUUUGGACAGACGUAUAAUCAGAUUUAUGUGAACCACAAUGGACACUUGACCUUCAACAUGCCCUGGAGCAGCUUCAGCCCUCAGAGUUUUCCAUUAUAUGGAUCAAGAGACAUCAUUGCUCCAUUCUGGACAGAUCUAGACAACAGAGGAAAUGGUCAGAUUUACUACAACCAGUACAGCAGCGGCAGUGUUCUCCAACAAGCUACACAGGACAUUAAUGCGUACUUUCCAGGGUUGCACUUCAGUGCCAACUGGGUCUUUGUUGCAACAUGGUAUGAGGUGGCCUACUUUCCAACCACUGGAACACAAACAACUGUCCAAGCAGUUUUGAUCUCUGGCGGCCAGUACUCAUUUGUGCUGAUGAACUAUGGGAUAAUAGCCUCCACAACUCGCAGUGUACAGGCAGGAUAUGACACAAUCAAUUCCACUCACCAUUUCACCAUCCCUGGAUCAUUCACCAGCAGUGCAACAGGCAGUAACUCAAAUUUCCGCCUUGGCAGCAAUGUCAAUGUACCCGGUCGCUGGGCCUUCAGGACAGACCAUGGAUCAAGAGGCUGCACUUUCAAUGGUGAACCUGUGCAGUUGGGCGACUCAUUCUGGAGCGACAGUACCUGUGCACAGAAGUGCACCUGCACCUCAGCAGGCCUUCAGUGUCAGAGCCAACCCUGCUCCUUUUCCCAAAUCUGCCGACCAAGUGCCUUUCAGUUCUCCUGCCAGACAGUGCAGAGAAGCACCUGCACCAUAAGUGGUGAUCCACAUUACUAUACCUUUGAUGGUACAGUGUUUCACUUUCAGGGCACCUGCACUUACGUUCUCUCUGAGCAAUGUGGUCUAGGGCUGCCCUACUAUCGAGUAGAGGGCAAGAAUGAAAACCGGGGCAGCACUAGAGUCUCUUGGACACGACUGGUCAAAGUGUUUGUCUAUAAUGAAACCAUUGAGCUUGUCAAGGGACGUCGUGGUGAGGCUAAGGUUAAUGGAGACUUUGCAGCCACUCCGAUCUAUCUCAACAACGGCACUGCCCAGGUUUAUGAGUCAGGUUUUUCUACUAUCGUCAGUACCAACUUUGGCUUAGAGGUAUCCUACGAUGGCUACCAUUAUGUCCGGAUCAGUGUGCCUUACACUUACCAGAAUGCAACAUGUGGCCUGUGUGGAAACUUCAACAAUGAUCCUAGGGACGACUUUCAAACCCGCCAAGGCGAGGUUGUGAGCUCUGAUGUGGACUUUGCCAACAGUUGGCAAGCAGCAGGGGACGAUGAGCCUAAUUGUGGGGCCAGAUGUGUAGGUCUGCACUGUGCUGCCUGCACUGCAGCUCAGACAGUUUUAUACAGCAAUACUGCUCAUUGUGGUAUCCUCCAGAGCAGUUCAGGUCCUUUUGCUGCUUGCCAUCAAAGACUUCCCCCACAGACCUUUCUGGACAACUGUGUGUACGAUCUGUGUGUAGGAGAAGGGUACCAGCCCAUUCUGUGCCAAGCCCUUAAUGCUUAUGCAAGUCAGUGUCAACAGAAUGGUAUACAGCUGCCAAGCUGGAGGAGACCAGGCUUCUGUGAAAUCCCCUGCCCAGCCAACAGCCACUUUGAGUCCCAAGGCACAGGAUGUCCAGCUACCUGUGUCAGUCCCAAUUCUACCCACAACUGCCCUCUCCCUGUCCAGGAGAGCUGCAUCUGCAACUCAGGCUACAUCCUCAGUGCUGGGGUCUGCGUCCCUCUUUCUGACUGUGGCUGCAGCUUUGAGGGUCGCUACUACCGCUCUGGAGAAACUGUAAUACUAGACACAGACUGUGGGAGACGUUGUAACUGCAAUUUUGGCUCCAUGACUUGCAGCUCCCAUGCUUGUGGUGCACUUGAAUCUUGCAGAGUGGAGGAGGGAGAAAGAGGAUGCAGACCAAACAGCUAUGCAACAUGCUGGAAAAGUGGCCCGGGGUCCUAUCAAACGUUUGAUGGACUGACAUACCAGUAUCCUGGAGCGUGUCGACUGACUCUUGCCAAAGUAAUGGGAUUGUCUAAUUACACCCACUUUGUGGUGACAGCAGAGAAAGAGCCCAGUGGCCAACAGGGUUUUGCCAACCUGCUUAAGUUUGAGGCAGAGGGCACACAAGUGUCCAUUGAGAUGGCAAGUACCAGCAGAGUACAGGUUGAUGGUCAGGUCAUCAGACUACCUUUCAACUCAGCGUCCAACAGAAUCCAAAUCUACCACAGCAGCGUUCACAGUAUCAUCCUUCGCACCUCCUUUGGUGUAACUGUGCAGACAGUCUGGCCUCACUUUGUGCGUGUCACUGCACCUGGUGUCUACUAUGGCUCACUAGGUGGACUGUGUGGUAAUUACAAUGGUCACCCACAUGAUGAUUUCCGCACACCCAGUGGCAUCCUGGUCAACAGCGCUCAAGAGUUUGGGGACAGCUGGCGUGAUGGCUCGCUCGCUGCUCAAUGCGUAGAAAGUGUGAAUCAUAACAAUUCUACAACAAAUUACAGUUCAAGUGAGUACUGUGGCAUUCUUGGCUCACCUCUUGGGCCGUUUACCCAGUGUUGGGCCAUGGUGGACCCACACCAACAUGUGGAUGCAUGUGUGGAGAUCAUUAGAGGUUCUAGAGAUCCAUCAUCGUCGCUUUGCGAAGUCCUACGAGAUUAUGCACUAAAGUGUCAACAGAAGGGCGUUGCUCUCGGACACUGGAGGAAUGCAACUGGCUGUGUGCCAAGCUGCCCUCUAAACAGCCAUAAUGAACUCUGCGGAACCUCUUGUCCUUCCGCCUGCCCCAGCCUCUCUUUCCCUUUCGUCUGUGACACUGUGUGCCAGGAUGGGUGCCAGUGUGAUGAUGGUUUUGUCCUUAAUGGCAACCAGUGUGUGCCUCCAACAUCCUGUGGAUGCUAUCACCAAGGACGCUAUCGGCAAGGUGGCGAACAGUUCUGGGAUGGUGAGGAAUGUCAGAGCUUGUGUAGCUGUAAUGGCACUACUGGGGCAGUCCACUGUAUCCCCAACUCUUGUGGUCCCCAGGAGACCUGCCGUGUGGUGGGGGGUGAGUUUGGCUGUCAUCCAAACCCUCAGGGCACCUGCUCUGCCUCCGGAGACCCUCACUACCUCACAUUUGAUCACAAGGCCUAUGACUUCCAGGGAACCUGCCGUUAUGUUUUGGCGACCCUCUGUAACGCCACUGAUGGACUCCACCAAUUUUCAGUGGAAGCUAAGAAUGAGCCAUGGAGCGGGUUGCCAGUUUCAAUCACAGCUGAAGUUUUUGUGAAUGUGUGGGGCUACCAAUUGCAUAUGUCAAGGGAGAGAAAUGGAGUGGUAGAGGUAAAUGGAAUAACUAAAAACUUACCUAUUACCUUGAAUGGAGGUUCUGUGUCUGUCUAUGCAAGUGGAUCUCAGACAUUUGUCAGAGCUGAUUUUGGCCUGGGUGUCUCUUAUGAUGGAUGGAGUACAGUGUCUAUUUCUGUGCCUUCAAAUUACAGUGGAAAAACGUGUGGACUUUGUGGAAACUUCAAUGGAAAUGCAAAUGAUGAGUUCCACACCCCAUCUGGAAUGAUGGUCACCACUCCAGAUGAGUUUGGGCAAGCUUGGAAAGUGGCAGGCAACUACACUUGCAGUGAAGGGUGUGGCUCCUCCUGCCCGCAAUGCACCAAUGACCAACCUGCUAGAGCCCAAUGUGAGGUGAUUCAGGCAGCCAACGGCCCCUUCAGCUUCUGCCAUGAGCAGGUGGACCCGGCACCAUAUUUCAAUGACUGUGUUUUUGAUGUUUGUGUGUCGGGAAAUCGGGGCCAAGAACUUCUGUGCAGGGCCAUUCAGGCCUAUGUCAGUGCCUGUCAGUCUGCUAAUGUUCGCAUCUACCCUUGGAGACAGAACACCAACUGCAGACUAAACUGUCCAGCCAACAGCCAUUAUGAGCUGUGUGGUACUGACUGUGGCUACACCUGUAACAGCCGCAGCAAUGCCAGCUGUGAUCAGGUUUGCUCUGAGGGAUGUUUCUGUGAUGAAGGCUUCGUCAGGAGUGGGACAAGGUGUGUCCCUGAGGAAAGCUGUGGGUGCCAAUAUGAUGGUUUCUACUAUGAAGCUGGUGAGUCCUUCUGGACACAAGGUUGCUCCCAGAGAUGUGAGUGCCAUGCUCCAAAUGACCUGCGCUGUUCUGCUGCAUCUUGCACUCCUACACAGCAGUGCACCAUCAGAAAUGGCCAGCUGGGCUGUUUCGAUGCAAUGUCUACUUGCACUGUGUGGGGAGACCCACACUACAUCACCUUUGAUGGGGCACUGGCUGAUUUCCAGGGCACAUGCUCUUACAUUAUUACUGAGAGUGUGAGCCACGGCACCAAUGAGACCCAGUUUCAUGUAGUAGCCACCAAUAAUCACCGUGGCAACAACCGUGUGUCAUUUGUGUCAGCAGUGGAUAUAUACCUCUCAAAUCAACCAGAGAGUGCACACAUCAGGAUUGGACCCAACAAAAGAGUAACGAUAAAUGGAGUUGAGGUGUCUCUUCCCACCGCUGCAGGAACCUUAGCUCAGGUAGUACGGCAGGGAAGCUAUAUUAUAGUCAGUGCCAUUGAUUUGGUAGUCCAGUUUGAUGGUCAGAGUACAUUACUGGUGAGAAUCGGCCACAACCGUGAAAACAGAGUCACCGGGAUGUGUGGAAACUUCAACCAUGUCCCUGCAGAUGACAAAGUCUUGCCCAAUGGAACGUUGGCACAUAAUGAUUAUGACUUUGGACACAGCUGGAAGGCACCCACAAGCCAACCAGGAUGUGGAUCCACAGAUGAUGAGAGGAGUAAUGGACUGAAUAACUGUUCCUUUAUUGAAGAAUACUCUGAGCUCUGUAGUGUCAUCACCAACACCAGCGGCCCAUUCAGGGGCUGUCACCUGCACUCUGACCCCCGGCCAUUUUUCAGUUCCUGUGUCUACGAUCUCUGCCACUACACUCCAGCCAAUGGCAUGCUGUGUUCUGCUGUCUCAGCCUAUGAGAAAUCCUGCUCUGUUUUGGGACUGAACAUCCCUGAGUGGCGCUCAGCUUUGCAAUGUGCUGAGUCAGACCCCUGUGAACAGCUGAACUGCACAGAGUAUGAGUGGUGUGGUGAGAAGGACGGUGUGUACGGCUGCUUCUGUGAUGAACACCACCAUUGGCCCAAUAAUCAGAGCUACGACUCGUCCAUCACUUGUGUCAGUAGUUCAGGCACCAUGUCCGUGUCACGCUGCCAGCUGUUUGAAGCUGGCUUCUACUUGAGCGCCCUCCACCUCCGAGAUGACUCUUGCAAUGGGACUCUCCGGGACGGACGACUGGUGUUCCACUUUAACAACGACGACCAGCUGUGUGGGACAGUUCUCAGGAGCAAUGGAACUCAUUUCAUCUAUGAGAACACCAUCCAGGGCGAAGUGGACCUGCAUGAAGGUCAAAUCAGCCGCCAGAGGAGCAUUCUUCUGAGUUUCUGCUGUGAAUACCCUCUAGCCCAGGCCCUGUCUAUGGAUGUGGGCAUCAACCCUGUAGAGAGCAUUGUGAGGAAGAAGCUUCCAUCUGGCCAUGGACAGUAUCAUAUGAGAAUGAUCCCCUAUCAGGACGCCGGCUUCCGCUUCCCCCUGACCAGUGACAGGAAUAUAGAAAUGGAAAUUGACCAGAGGUUGUAUGUGGAGGUGCGGACAGAGGGUGUAGAUGAACGGCAGAUCUCCACCGUUCUAGACUCUUGCUGGGCCACACCAGUCAACAUCGCCAGCUACCCUGUCCGCUGGGAUCUCAUUAGUGCACAGUGUCCUAAUCAAGCAGAUGGUACAGUAGAGCUGGUUCAGAAUGGCAUCUCAACUGUGGCCCAAUUCUCCUUUAGGAUGUUCAGCUUUACCAACUUUACAUCCAUCUACCUGCACUGUCAGGUCCACCUGUGUCUUCUGAGACACAACAACUGCUCAGCUCAUUGCUACCCAGGUUACCACAGGCGAGUUGGGAGGGACAUUUCCUACCAUGACACUGCAGCCAUCUCACUAGGACCACUGGUCCUGACUCCAGAUAGCAGAGACAAACUGAUGAAAGUAAGCAGUGCUUCAGGACAGUUGAUCUCUGUGGUGACCCUGCUUGUUAGUUUGCUGACUGCCAAAGUUCUGACCUAAAGAGAUAGAAAAGGCACACAUACAGUAAACAGAUGAAUGUCCAUAUAUUAUACCACAACAUAUUAAUCGGUCAGUGGAAGCUUAAUCACUUUGCCUAGAUGAUUAUUUGAAUGGCUAUUUUUCUCUGUUGUGAUCCACUAAAAAAGUGGAAUCUGAAGGUGUUUUUCUUAUAUAAAGGGCAGCAUAAGAUCUAAUACACAUUUGGCUCUGUUUUCAUCAAAUUUUGUCUGCUUACCUUUUUGCAUUUAGUACAGUGUUUAUCGGUUAUGUCCUCAGGGCUUUUGCAAUGAUUUUUAUUAGCAUUAAAUCAAUAUUUCAUUUAUGAUAAUUAUUAAGUCAAUUAUAUUAAGUAAUUUAAGUGUGAAAUAUAUAUCUUCAGCAAAUCACUCAGCAUACUGUACAUUUUAAAAGAGUUCCUGAGUUGGUUUUGUAUUUGUGGUCAGGUUAAAGCAAUGCACAUCAUUCUAAAACUGAAGUCAUUUGCCCUUUCCUGUCUCUGAUGUUUAUCAUUUAUUGUGUGUUUAAUGUUAUCCUUAGUUUCUUUGUGGUGUUUUUUUUA